AUGGCAUUCAGGUCUUUGAGUUUGUGGAAAUCUAUGGCUACUCGUGUUAGCGCAAAUUCUGCUUUUGCAAAAUCAAAUAUUACCAGGUCAUAUGCUAGUACUGCUGAGCAUCCAGACGCUAAGCCCAGGGGAUUUAUGAAAGGAGAUUUCGUUCCAGUGUACGUGGCGUUGGGACUAAUAGCGCUAUCAGUGGGUUUUGGUUUACAGACGGCGAUGCAUCAGCUGAAGCGGGCACCCAAUGUAUCUGUGAAGAAAUCAAGGAGGGAAACUAUACCGGAAGUCACCGAACCGGAAGAGGUUGUGGAUGAAGCAGACAAGUUCAUAAAGAAAUCCUUCUUCCGAAAGGUGGCUCAUGUUCAGGAUUUUGAUAAUCAAUCUGUCAUGCAUGAUCCUAUCCGUGGGGAUGCUCUUGCAAGGGAACCUCAUGCAGUGACAUUGAAAUCUGUGGGAGUGGAUCCGUAAUUGAAAUAAGCUUUAUGCAUUUUGUAUCCAAAAUUUGCAAAUGGAGAGUACUUUGAAGGCGUUGUGGCGACGUUUUCUCGUAAUUUUUCAAGAGAUGUAUAUAUCUAUCGUCGCAGCAUUAAAUAAAUAAAUUAAAAAGCAUGCAAACGCCAAUAUGUAUGUAU